ACGCUCCUACCUAAAGCCCUUUUCGAAUCCGCCGUAUAAAAUUCCUCAGCUCGCCUCUCUCUUUCUCUCACUCCACUUCAGCUACUGUGCGUGCCAUGGUGCAAGCGGGAUCAUGUUUCUUCCCCAACUCUUUUCUUGAUGAUUAAGUCGUUUAAGGAAAAGAAUUGAACUUCAAGGUUGGAGAGGUGCGUGUCUGAGCGCCUGAGCUAGUGGAGGUUGCAAAAGAUGAACAUUUCUCUCCUUGUUUUUAGGAUUAUUGAAUUGAAAUUGAAUGCUUUCUUGUAGAGCCCAAAGAGGAGCUUGUUGUUUCUUAUGCAUUCACAAGAAGAGUCUGAGGAAUUGAGGAAUUGCAGUGAAAUGAAAGGUGGCCCAGAUCCCAGUAUUUCAUUCGAAAGGGAGAACAAGAUGAAUCUUGAAGUGCUUGAUAUAGAGCCAAGUCAUACUGAAGCUGAAAUUUUUGAAGCAUCAAAUGAUCCCUUCAGUGCAUGUGAAGAUUAUCUUUUAGGUGUAAUUCAAGAAACUGAAUGCUGGAGUGAUCUACUCGAGAUGACAAAUCAUGAACUCUCGAACAACAAAUUUGAUGAUAAAAUGUUAGUUGAUGACAACUGCUUGAGCUUCCCGACUUCAUUCACUUCGGGAGAUAUUGACUACUUGGAAAAUGUAUCGAGUUUCUUGCCAGGAAGUAUAUCUUCUGAUAAUAAUGAUGAAGAUGCAAUAUUCACUCCUGAUCUGACAUCAAGUGGGUCCAUCUGCAUGUCUACAAUCAAGCAAAACAAAGAGUUAAGUAUAGGCGGGCCAAACGUGGAUCACGAAAGCCUUUAUCUCCAAGAUUCAUCCACAAAGAAUUCUUCCCAAGACAGUAGCUGCAAUGGGGUUCAUACACAGAAGAGAGUACGUAAGCCUACUCGCAGAUAUAUUGAUGAAUCAGCAGAUCUUGUUAAUACAAGACGUGUUAAGAAAAAGUUAGAGGUUUCCACUUCUUUAUCAAAGGAUAAGUGUCUUCAAGUCAAAUGUAGUAAGAAACAUAAUAAACCUCAAGCACUCGAGUUUCAAGCUGAGGAGACUCUUUGUGAAGCUAUCCAAGUGCCAUUUGGACCUCUAGUACCCGAAGAAUGUCACAUAAUGCAUCCAUCCAGUGUUGUGAAGGUAAAGCCAAAUGAGAUACCAUUGUGUGGCAACAAAGAUGGUGAUACGAAACAUGCAUCUGAUGUUAAGAAAGUAAAGUUGAACCAGUUGUCAUCUUUUAGCCCUGAAAAUUGUCGUCAAAGGUAUGAAUUGGAUGUGCAUAAGGUUAAGUUGAACAAGACAGUCAAGCCAAAACACAUGUCUGGAUAUGAAGAAUGUGAUGACAAGCACACAACCAAUGUGAAUAAGGCAAACCAGAACCACAUAUUACCUUUUGGUUCCAAAGAAUAUCUCAACAGUCCAGCAUGUAAUGUGAACAAGGUGCUAAAAUCUGAUGAUGAGGAGAUGUUGAUGGAUGAGAGUGAUGAUGGUGUGGUAACUUUAAGAUCUGAUGGAGAUGGUGCUCGAAGGAAGCACCACAGGCUAUGGACUGUUUCAGAGGUGAGAGAGUUAAUCGAUGGUGUUUCUCAAUGUGGAGUUGGGAGAUGGAGUCAAAUAAAGAGGCUUUUCUUCUCUUCAUCUGACCACCGGACACCAGUAGAUCUCAAGGACAAAUGGAGAAAUCUCUUAAAAGCCACCCAUCUUCAAAACCAAAGCAGCAAGAACACGGGGGGUAAGGGAAAGCAAAGUUUUUCAUGGCGGCCCUUGCCAAAACCCAUCUUGCACCGUGUCGUUGAAUUGGCAAGUGUUCAUCCAUAUCCAAGAAACUGCAGAUCCAAGACUCCCCAUUCUUACUAAUAAACUCAUGUAACAUCAUUGAUGCCUGCAGAGUCCAUAUUGAGAUUUGGUAUCUAUCUAAGAAUUCUCUGUUUAGUAGCUGAUUGUACAUUCAUACUCAUUCUGUGCACUUUUACCUAAGAUUGCUGCAAUAGCAGGAUUUUACAACUUUCUUCUUCA